GCUGGGCAACCGCCAGUGGGCGGUGAGUCGAGCCCUGAGUCCCGUGCUCAAUCGCCACACGGAAGUGCGCAAACCUACGUCGACGGCCAGCAAAAUCUCAACUUCGAUACCAACUUCGAAACCGACUCCAAGAAGACGCCCAAGGCCAAUGACGACAAUGACGGCGAAGAUGAUUCCUCGGAGAACAACAGCGCCCACGAGAUGGAGAGGCGGCUCAGCGUGGUGCAGCAGCUUGCUCGCCAGUACACGCACGCCUCUGGAAUCGACAUCCAGGGCCAGGCAACGUCGCUGUUUGGGAACAACGAUCCUGACUCUCCCCUGAAUCCCAUGAGCAGCAAGUUUAGCGGACGCACAUGGGCCAAGACGGUUGCCAAAUAUGCCACCGAGCAUGGCUCGGGCUUCCGACGCAGCGGCAUUUCGUUUCGAAACAUGAACGUAUACGGAUACGGAACCGAGACUGAUUUUCAAAAGGACGUUGGAAAUGUUUGGCUUUCGAUUCCGGAUCUUGCUCGACAGGUGUUGAGCAAGUCCAGUGGACGGAGAAGGAUUGACAUCUUGCGCAACUGCGAUGGUGUUCUCAAGUCUGGAGAGAUGCUCGUCGUUCUGGGACCUCCAGGUUCGGGAUGUUCCACGUUUCUCAAGUCGAUUGCGGGCGAAACGAGCGGCAUAUACAUUGACAGCGAGACGGAUUUCAACUACCAGGGCAUCGGCGCAAAGGAGAUGCACACCCACCACCGAGGUGAGGCCAUCUACACGGCAGAGGUCGACGUGCACUUCCCCAUGCUUUCAGUUGGCGAUACGCUUGCGUUUGCUGCCAUGGCACGAUCCCCUCGAACUCUUCCGUCUGGAGUGUCUCACGACGAGUUUGCAGCUCACUACCGUGAUGUUGUAAUGGCUAUGUAUGGCAUCAGCCACACAGUCAACACUCGUGUUGGUAACGAAUACAUCCGUGGUGUGUCUGGAGGAGAACGGAAGCGAGUCACCAUUGCCGAAGCCACUCUAUCCAAUGCUCCUCUACAGUGCUGGGAUAACUCUACUCGUGGUCUUGAUUCAGCUAAUGCUAUUGAGUUCUGUAAGACGCUGCGUCUACAGUCUGAUACCUUUGGUCAGACCAGCGCCGUGUCCAUCUAUCAGGCACCCCAAAGUGCGUACGAUGUCUUUGACAAAGUGCUCGUUCUCUACGAGGGACGACAGAUCUUCUUUGGUCGUACCGACAAGGCCAAGGAGUAUUUUGAGAAACUUGGCUUUGAAUGUCCUGCGCGUCAAACUACACCUGAUUUCCUGACUUCUAUGACGGCGCCGACGGAACGAAUUGUUCGUGCUGGCUGGGAGAGUCGCGCGCCUCGCACCCCCGAUGAAUUUGCUACUUGCUGGAGAAACAGCAACGACUACAAGGCUCUUCAGGCUGAGAUUGAGAGCUACAACUCGGAGCACCCGAUUGACGGAGCUGACGCUCAGGCAUUUCGUGAGCACAAGAAGGCUACGCAGGCCAAACAUCAACGUGUCAAGUCUCCAUUCACUCUCUCGUACUCGCAGCAGAUCCGACUCUGCCUCUGGCGAGGAUGGAGACGACUGAAGGGUGAUCCUAGUCUGACCAUCUUUGCACUCCUAGCCAACUCUAGCAUGGCCCUCAUCAUUUCGUCCCUCUUCUAUAACAUGCAACCAACAACGGCGAGCUUUUACGGAAGAGCUGCUGCCCUCUACGUCGCCAUCUUGUCCAACGCCUUUUCCAGUGCCCUCGAAAUCUUGACUCAAUACGCCCAGCGACCGAUUGUCGAGAAGCAUCAGCGAUAUGGAUUCCAUCUUCCGUCAGCUGAGGCGUUUUCAUCUGUGCUUUGUGAUAUGCCGUACAAGAUCAGUAAUACCAUUUGUUACAACCUGGUUCUGUACUUUAUGGCCAACCUCAACCGAACUCCCGGAGCUUUCUUCUACUUCCUGUUUGUAACAUUUCUCAUGGUGCUGGCCAUGUCUGGAGUUUUCCGAUCAAUUGCUGCUCUAUCACGAACCCUGUCGCAGGCCAUGGUUCCCGCAUCACUCUUGAUUCUCGCCAUGGUCAUCUUCACCGGAUUCGUUAUUCCCGUCGAUUACAUGCUUGGAUGGUGCCGCUGGAUCAACUACCUCGACCCUGUCGCCUACGGAUUCGAGGCCCUUAUGAUUAAUGAAUUCCACGGCCGCACUUUCGAGUGCAAUUCGUUUGUUCCGAGUGCCCUUAUCCCAGGCUAUGAGAAUGUGACAUCGACAAACCGAGCUUGUACCGCCGUCGGAUCUGUCGCCGGACAGGACUUUGUUAAUGGUGAUGCCUACAUCAACUCGCAGUACAAGUAUUUCCAUGCCCACAAAUGGCGCAACGUCGGAAUCCUCAUUGCCUUUGUCCUUUUCAACCACUUGGUGUACUUUGUCGCCACUGAUGUUAUUCAGGCAAAGAAGUCCAAGGGCGAGGUUCUCGUCUUCCGUCGUGGCCAGCUUCUUACUUCUAGCGCUAAAAAGGGCGACACGGAAUCCUCCCUAUCUGGACCCGUUCCUGUUGUCGAGAAAGGCUCGGAUAUUCCCAAGGAGUCAAGCGACGCCAAUAUUCAGGCUUCUACAAGUGUAUUCCACUGGGGCAAGGUAUGCUAUGACAUCAAGAUCAAAGGCGAACCACGACGAAUUCUGGACCAUGUAGACGGCUGGGUCAAGCCGGGAACGCUCACAGCGCUCAUGGGUGUGUCUGGUGCUGGUAAAACUACAUUGCUCGACUGCUUGGCUGAUCGUAUUUCUAUGGGAGUCAUCACAGGAGAAAUGUUGGUAGACGGCAAGAUUCGCGAUAAUUCAUUCCAGCGAAAGACGGGAUACGUCCAGCAGCAGGAUCUUCAUCUGGAGACAACGACUGUUCGUGAGGCUUUGGAAUUCAGUGCCCUGCUUCGACAGCCGGCCAGUACUCCUAGAGCCGAGAAGCUGGCAUACGUCGACGAAGUCAUCAAACUGCUGGAUAUGCAAGAAUAUGCCGAUGCCGUUGUCGGCGUGCUUGGCGAAGGUCUUAACGUCGAACAGCGAAAGAGAUUGACAAUUGGAGUCGAACUUGCAGCCAAACCACCAUUGCUCCUGUUUGUCGACGAACCAACCUCGGGUCUUGACUCCCAGACAUCUUGGGCCAUCCUCGACCUCCUUGAAAAGCUCUCCAAGGCCGGUCAAUCCAUCCUCUGCACUAUCCAUCAACCAUCCGCCAUGCUCUUCCAACGCUUCGACCGUCUCCUCUUCCUCGCCAAGGGCGGCCGAACAGUGUAUUUCGGCGACAUUGGCGAAAACUCAUCCACCAUGACUGCGUAUUUCGAGAAACAAGGCGCGCCCAAGUGUUCCCCUGGAGAGAACCCGGCCGAGUGGAUGCUUUCAGCUAUUGGUGCUGCACCGGGAUCUUCGACGGAUAUCGACUGGCACCAGGCUUGGCUCAACAGUUCCGAAUACCAGGACGUGCAGACAGAGCUUCAGCGCCUCAAGGACGAAGGAAGCAGCCACGGUGCUGACUUGGUCCAUGAUAAAGCCUCGUAUGCCGAAUUCGCAGCACCUUUCUGGUCCCAAUUCCUCGUCGUGACGCAGCGUGUCUUCCAGCAGAUCUGGAGAACUCCCUCAUACAUUUACUCCAAGUUCUUCCUCUGCCUGUUUGUCUCGCUCUUCAUCGGUUUAGUCUUCCUCAACGCCCCGCUGAGUAUCCAGGGCCUGCAGAACCAAAUGUUUGCCAUCUUCAAUAUCUUAUCCAUCUUUGGACAGCUCGUGCAGCAGCAGAUGCCGCACUUUGUUACCCAGCGAGCGCUCUACGAAGUCCGUGAAAGACCCUCCAAGACUUACAGCUGGAAGAUCUUCAUGCUGUCCCAGGUCGUGGCUGAGAUCCCGUGGAACUCGCUCAUGUCCGUCAUCAUGUUUGUCUGCGUCUACUACCCCGUCGGCUUCAACAACAACGCCGUUCCCGCCGACCAGGUCGUCGAGCGAGGAGGCCUCAUGUGGCUCCUCUUCUGGCAGUUCCUCAUCUUCACAUGCACUUUCGCCCACGCUUGUAUCGCCAUUACCGAUACCGCCGAGGCAGGCGGCAAUCUCGCCAACAUCCUCUUCAUGAUGUGCCUCAUCUUCUGCGGUGUCUUGGCGUCCCCAAGCAGCAUGCCCGGUUUCUGGAUCUUCAUGUACCGUCUCUCCCCUUUUACAUACUGGAUCUCCGCCGUGCUAUCCACCGGCCUCGCAAAUACCCACGUCACCUGCUCAGGCAACGAACUCGUCCACCUAAAUCCCCCAAGCGGCCAGACCUGCGGCGAAUACCUGGACAAAUUCAUCACCGCCGCCGGAGGCUAUCUCCAGGACGCCAACGCCACGACGGACUGCAGUUACUGCCCGAUUGCCGAUACCAACGUCUUUUUGACGAGCGUCAGCUCCAGCUACUCACACCGAUGGCGCGAUUUCGGCAUUGGAAUGGCGUACAUCAUCUUCAACAUUGCUGCGUCGCUGUUCCUGUACUGGCUUGUGCGCAUGCCCAAGAAAUGGGGCAAGAAGAAGGAGUAAUUCCAACCAUUCCCGAUUCCUGUCCUGUUUUGGUGUCAUCAAGUUGACGCAACGAGACGCAACACGCGCUUCCAAUCUCACUUGACACCAUCAAGACAAGACAUCUGCAUCAUCUAGUGCAUUUGCAUUUGCAUUGCAUUUAUCCCUUCAGUGAAUGCUUUCAACAACAACAAACAUCCUUUUGGAUACCACUUUUCUUUCCUUCCAUAGAACCAUUUUUCUUUUGUUUUUUAAUUAUUAUUAGAGAGUCGGUAUCAAGCAGCGCUGCUUGACACCAAUCACUAGAUUUUAAAUCAUCACGAGUAUAAUUUGACAAAGUCAUUGUCCAAACGAAGCAUCCGCGAGAAAAAGGGUUUUUGUUUUCCUUCAUUUCAUUACCUAACGAGUGUCUGCUAUAUAUCUCAUUACCUAUCUAUUUAUUCCAUCCAUAGACCGAAAAUACAUCAUCGCCCCAUUGGCGCCA